CAAUGUGAUCCGCCAUAUUGCCCGCAUUGUUUUACCCCAAAUGCCAGUUGCUAAGGCGUGUGACGUCAGCCCGACUGUCCCUGUGAAGACCCCAAACUACACACAGUACCACACGAGGAAUAAUUUAAGUUUUCCAGAAAGGAUUAUUUUUCACUGAAAUUUUUUAUCACAGUUAUGUGUUAAUAUUGUGACAAGUGUAUCAGAUACUUAAUUUUAAUCGUCACUUAAACGACUACCGAAAUAUCACAUAUCCGGAUGUUGUAAAACUCACUCCAUUUUGAAACUAUUAAAGUAUAGGCGCGUGUUAGAGCUCAGCAAAAUGGCUACCACCACGCAAGUUUGGUCAAUGUAACUGCGGAUUUUAUAAAUCCACAUUCCCAUGUUUACCUGUAUUUAACAGCUGAUUAUAAGAGAUCCAGGAGAAGUACUAUAAGGGAGAGAUGGCGCUACUUGGCACUGGGCUCGGGAUGAGCUCCAUGCUGACUGCUCUUACUCGCAGUACAUUUUCUAUACCACCUCAAUGCCUUCGGAUGUGUAACUACAGAUGGGUCCGUACCAGCGUUACCACAGCAGGUGCUCCACAGUUAUAUACAAGGAGAAUGAGACCUUCCGGCUCACUGGAUAAUAACCAGAUAGUAAAUCAAGAGAGUGUUCGUCCUUCGUCUUCUCCACUUCACCAAGUCCGCCAUUUGUUUUCCAACUCUCACUCUGUGCCUGCAUCAGCAGUGUGUGUAUAUGAUGGAAAACUCACCCAAGCCUUCAGAAAUGGCCUCCGUUAUAGUUAUUACCCACUGGGGAUCAUGGCAACAUUGAGACUUGUGUCCCUUCUUGAUGCAGAGACAGAAGUUAUGGAAGUUUCAACAAUGUUAUUGUCACUUUUUGCCUGCUGGUUACCACUGGUAACCUAUAGGUAUUUAAAACGUUACGUCACAGAGUUGUACUUUGAACCUGAAACAGAGAACUUUACUGCAGUGACAAUGACUCCCUUUGGUCACAGAAAAAGUGUUUCUUUCACACCCCAGGAUGUCCAAAUAACAAAAGGAUUGAUGACGAGUAUGGUAUUGGUUGGGAAGAGAUACUAUGUUGAGGAGAAAUUGAUUAGAAACAGAGCUGCUGUCAUGGCAUUACUGGGACGGGAGGAGGGUAUACAGACUUGGAAUGAUGGAACAAAAGAUCGACUGGCCUGGCAGCACUACAAAACCAUCAAUGAGCAGUUUAAGAAGAGCAGAUGAUUGGGUCUUAAAAGUGAACAACUGGACAGGAGUCUUUAUAAAUUAAAUGUACACUAAACAAUGUAAAACACUCAUUUUCAAAAUAAAAAGAUAUUGUCUUUGGACAUCACUUUGUCUAGGUUUUUUUUUUUUUUUUUUUGCACACCGCAAUGAAGAACUGGGACCUAUGGUCUCUGAUCCUAUAUUUCAAG